AUGUCAAUAUCUCAGCUACCGCCAUCUUCGGCACAUCGCCUGAGAUCGUCACAUCAGCUUCCAGAUCCUCUUUCUGUUAUCAAAGAGCUUGUUGACAACAGCAUCGACUCGGGUGCCACUUCCAUUGAGAUCACAAUUGCGCCAAACACUGUCGACAAGAUACAAGUGCGAGAUAAUGGCAGCGGAAUACAGAUUGAAGACUUUCGAUUUCUAGGAUGCCGGUCUCAUACAAGCAAAAUCCGAAACUAUGACGAACUUCAUCAAAACGGCGGCAAAACACUAGGCUUUCGUGGCGAGGCCCUCGCCAGUGCAACUGAAACGGCGGCAAUCAAGAUCACAACUCGAACUGCACAAGAUCCAAUUGCAUCACUUCUGAUGUUAAAAGCAAAGACGGGCGGUAUCAGCAAGAAACAGCCAGUAUCUGGCACAAUCGGAACUACUGUCCAAGCGACAAACUUGUUUGAUAAAUUCACCGUCCGCAAACAGAAUGCUAUUAAGACGAGCCGCAGGUCUCUGGUUGAGAUCCAACGCCUCCUGGAAAGCUAUGCGAUAGCGAUUCCCCAUCUCAAGAUCUCAUUCAAAGUAUCCAGUCCUUCAACCCAGUCAUGGUCUUACUCUCCUUGCCCGCCAUCGAGCACGCAAGAGGCCAUCACUCAGAUUUUUGGCCACACUCUUGCCGCUCAGCUUGUCGAGGUAUCAUCUGAUUCAAACGUUGAAUGUGGCUCAACAGGGGUGCAACUGGGAACUUUAAGAAUCACGGCCCUUCUACCACGACCUGGCAGCGAUGUUCAGGUCAUAAAGGGUAAGGGGGCUUUCAUCUCGGUUGACUCGCGGCCCAUUUCAUCUAUAAGGAGCACUGGGAAAAAGCUGGUAUCCGUUUUCAAGUCAAGCAUCUCUAAAAUAUUUGGCUCGCCUGAUAGUUCGCGGGCGCCUGCAAACCCCUUUCUACAAAUCAGCAUCCAAUGUCCACCAGGCUCAUACGACCCCAAUGUGUCGCAGCUGAAGGACGAAGUGAUGUUUGACAAUGAGCCAGCGGUCAUCAGUUGUUUUCAAGCUCUUUGCGACGCCAUCUACGUUAAGAAGGUUCCAGGCAGUAAAGGGAUGCAGAACAAAACUAUGCCAGCAGAGAAUACUCCUACACCCACAGCCGGAGCUUUGAAAGCCCCAAAAGCAAAUGGAGGCGAGGGAAGAUUUCAGAACAGGAAUGGGCAUGAAAGCUUAUCAUCCGACCAUGAUCUUAUCGAACCCCUUAAUGACGAGUUCGAAAGGUUACUCGUUGGAAAUUCUGGCGCGUUUAGGAACAACGAGAGCACUAUUCCUAGCGUUUUCACCCACUCUCCUUCGCCAAGCAAAACACGACACCAAAUCAACAAUGUGAUCAGCGACACUAAUCAAAGCGAAAAAAUCCAGCAGAUGAUGAGGACGAAAUUGUGCAUCAAUCUUUCACACAGGGACAGUGAUUCCACCGACAUUGACGGCACAGACGGGCUGGUUCCUGUCCAGGUAACACCCCGUCGGGCAGCUUCACCACCUAAAGAGCAAUUGUAUUCUCAUUCUCGUCGUAGGACGAUGACCCUAGGCCGGCGCUCAGAGGACAUUGGUUCUUAUUUUCGCCCUGUGCGAGACAAGCCGAUCGUAAUCGCAACAGACGAAACUGCCACACCUGAGAACACUCAACUCGGGAACAGUUUGGCGAGCCCUUGCGAGACUAAUCGUCGUCCACUAAAGGAAUUGACGCAGUCAGAGGUCAACACGUUUCAAGAGGAUGAGGAGGAGGAUUUCAGCGACGGUGAAUCACUGAUAGAGCUCCCUCCUACAGAGCUAGCUCUUGGACCUUCUCCUCGCACAUCUCCACGCCGUAUGGCCCCUCCUCGUAUGCCGAACAGCCCCUUCCGACCACCCACAAGGCCGCAACAGUCCUCCAACCUUGAUACAGGGCUGGAAUUGUUGCCAAAUCUACAAACUCCUCCGCCUUCGGACCCCAGACGUGUCGACAAUUCAACUCGUCGUGAUUCGCGACGUAACUCAGCCAACGUCUUCACUCGAGGCCAACGGCCAUCUCAGAGUAGCAUGGUGCCGUCACCAAACAGAACAGGCGACCAAGGACCGAGGCAAAGUCGUAUCCAUGUGGGAAGUGGACCGACUGUAUCCUACAACAGACGUCGAUCUGAACAAAUUGGACGUGGAAACGGAUUAGCCGGUCGCAGAAAUGCCCCGACCAGUCGCGACAGCUCGGACGCACACCUCAAGGACUGGUUACACAACAUUCACGCAAAUUCCGAAGACCAGGAAGGAGGAGGACAGCUGAAACGCAUUGCGUCGAAGAAGCUCCCGCUUGAAACAAUUCCUCAAGCCGAUCUCACUGUGAAUCUAUCCGCCAGUGCCAGUAUUCAAAUGAGCGCGCUCGUAAAUGCGGCUCUUGAAUUUAUGGGAUCAGGCCGAGCAGCUGAGCAGGACUCUGCCAUACGGUUCGACAACAUGGCAGAAGUUGACAAAGUAGACGAGCUGUUGAGGCAUGCCACGGAAUCAUGGUUAAGCGGGGAUUCAUCAAUCGAGGUGGAGUACAUGCUGCGGUCUGGAGCGAAGGGCAAAUCGAAAGCGUGA